AUGGCUCGCCCAGACAAGCGCACAGCACCUGCUGCUGCCGCGACCACCGUCAAGAAGGCGCGCACCGCCCGCGCAGAACCGCCGCGCCAGUCGGCGCCCGUUGCCCAGCUCAUCACCGGCGACGACGACGACAGCGACAGCGACCUCGGCAGCUUCGAGGACCUCGAGGGCGCCACGCACAGCUCUCAAGACGGCCAAGGCGACGAGAUCAGCGAGGACGAGUUCGCCGCAGGGCUCGCCGGGCUCGGUGAGCCUUCGGACGACGACGACGACGACGACGAGGGCGACGCGGCGCAGCUCGGUGGGAGCGACGACGGCGACGGCGAGCAGCUCAUCGGCGACGACGGCGAGGACCUGUACGCCAACCUCGACGCGUCGAUGGACGACGAGGAGGACUCGGGCGACGCGGACGAGGACGAGGCGGUGUCCGAGGGUGCAGGCGCGGCGGCAGCAGACGACGACGACGGUUGGGAGACGGUCGGCACGGCGCCCACCAAGCCGCUCAUCGCGCCCGCCGCCGAGCUCGAGCAGCGCCGCCGCGCCAAGAAGCCCAAAGCGCUCUCGGGCGCCGAGCUGCGCGCUCUCGCCUUCGCCGAGCUCACCGCCUCGCCCAUCUCGAACGUCCUCGCGACGCACGUCGCCUCCGUCCUCGAUCCCGUCACGCCGCCGGCGCCCGCGUCCUCCCCUCUUCAACCUGUCCUCAAGGCGCUCCACGCCCACCUCACGAGCCUGCCUAGCGGCAGGCCCGUCAGCCUCGACGCGCUGCGCAAGAAGGGCCGCGUCGUGCCGGACGUCGAGGGGAGCCGGGGCAAGUGGGCCCAGAUGGACCUGCCGUUCGAGAAGCCGCGCGCUGAGGACGUGCGCGUCGUCGGGCGGUGGGCGUGGGGCGGAGGGUUCAAGCAGCUCAAGGGCGAGUACGUCGUCGAGCUCGCCAUCGCCAUGCCUCCUUCCCUCCUCCAGCCCAAGGACUACCUCUUCCCGCGCUUCUCGGUCAAGGCCCUGCACUACCUCGUCUCGCUCGCCGUCCACCUCCCCGCAUCACUCGGCCCCGUCGGCCUCGGCAAGGCCAAGGGUGCCGUCCUGCGCCUGCGCGUCGUCGCCCCCGCCGGCGCCUUUGCGGCCGCCAAGCUCGCGCCGUUGGCCAACGUCGUCCGGCCGCCGUCGCUCGCCGCCGCCGCCGAUGGCGAGAACCCGCAGCUCGACCCGUCGACCCUCCCCGCCACUCCCCUACACUCUUCGGCGCUCCACCUUUCUUCCCUCCCUCUCCUGACGACCCACCUCAAGUACCACCACAGCCUGUCGACGUCGCACGCCGCCUACGCCUCGUCGUCGCGCCUGCUCCAGGCGUGGGCGGCCAAGCGCGGAUACGGCGCCUCGCUCGGCCUCACCGACGAGUGGUGGGCGUGGUGCGUCGCGAGGAGCCUCAACGCGGGCGGCAGAGCCGGCGCGGGCGACAGCGCGAGCUUGGCGGCGGGCGGCGAGGCGUGGGCCGGCUGGAGGAGGGCCGUCGAGUGGCUCGCAGGCGCCAACUGGACCGAGGGCAUCUGGUUUAAGUCGACGAGCGACGAGGGCUACGCCAAGGACGAGUUCAAGCGCGCGUUCGCGGGCAGGCCGCUCUUCGUCGACCCGACCGGGACCGUCAACCUCGCGGCGGGCAUCGACUCGUCGACGCUCGACAUGCUCAAGCAGGACGCUCGCGAGACGAUCUCGCUCCUCCUGAGCGGCAUCGACGACGACCGCAAGUUUGACUCGGCGUUCAUGCGCGACAUCCGCCCCGUCGAGCGCUUCGACAACUUUGCCAGGGUCACCCUCCCGUACUCGCCCAAGGUCGACCCGGACGCCUCUCUCGACUACGCCGACUCGUUCGCCUACCUGUCGGCCGCCCUGUGCGCCACCCUCCGCCGCGCCCUCGGCAAGCGCGUCCACGCCUUCAUCCUCUCUUCUCCGCCUCGACCCUCCUUCCCCUUUGACGCACCCUCGCCCAAGCCUCCAACGAGCGUCACCGUCACCCUCGGCUUCCUCCUCGACCCCGUCGAGUCGCUCCGCCUCGUCGACCAGGGCCCGUCGGCCGAGGACGAGGAGGCGUGCGCCGACUUCCGGGCCUUUUGGGGCAGCAGGUCGGAACUGCGCCGGUUCCAGGACGGCGCCAUCGUCGAGGCCGUCGUGUGGAACGAGUCGAGCGCGGGCGGCCUCGGGCCUCGGCGCAGCACGAUCGUCCGCCGCGUCGUCGAGUACAUCCUCGGCGAGCGGCACGGCGUCCCGCUCGCCAACGUCGACUUCUUCGCCGGGUCGAUGGACCACCUCAUCGUCGAGCCCGAGGCGGUGCGACGGUCGCUGUACCUCGAGGACUCGGUCGCGUCGGGCAAAGGGUUCGCCAACGCCGUCACGGCGUUCGACGAGCUCGCCAAGGAGAUCAAGGAGCUCAAGGACGUCCCGCUCGAGGUCUCGGCCGUGCAGCCCUGUACGCCUGGGCUGCGCUACUCGAGCGUCUUCACGCCGUCGCCGAGGCGCCUCAAGGACUUUGAGCGCCUUCCCGCGGCGCUCCGGUUCAUCGAGCCGCUCGAGUUCCACCUCGCGCUCGAGGGCUCGGGCAGCUGGCCCGACGACCUCGAGGCCGUCCAGAAGAUCAAGUCGGCGUUCCUCGCCAAGAUGGGCGAGGGCCUCGAGGCGCGGCGGUCGGUCCUCAAGGCCGAGGUCGUCGUCGACGUCGAGGCGCGCCUUAUCGACGACAACGUGUCGCUCGAGAUCCUCACGGCGUCGGGCUGGGCGUUCCGGGCGCGCAUCUUCUACGACCGGUCGCAGAUCCUGCUCGAGGAGCGCGAGGAGCAGCUCGGCGACGCCGCCGCCGCGUCGACGUCGACGCACCUGUCGCCGCUCGAUUCGUACCUGCAGCGGUUCGUCCACGCGCCGAGGCACCACGGCGCCAUGUGCGCGCUCCAGAACCAGUUCCCCUCGUUCUCGCCGACGGUGCGCCUCUUCAAGCGGUGGGCGUCGGCGCACAUGCUGUCGGGCCACUUUGACCACGAGCAGCUCGAGCUCGUCGUCGCGAGCGUCUUCCUCGACGCGUCCUCGCCGUUCGACCCGCCGCAGAGCGGCGCGACCGGGUUCGCGCGCGUCAUGGACCGCCUCGCGACGUGGAAGUGGCGCGACGAGCCCCUCCUCGUCCCCGUCUACUCGUUCAACCAGGCCGCCACCUCGGCACGCCGUGCCGUCCUGCCCGUCGCCGACCGACAGGAGGCGGUCGAGAGCUUCCAGGCGCUGCGGCUCGCCAAGCCCAAUGUCGACGAGCACGCGUGGGUCAUCGCGACCGAGGCCGACCUCGCCGGGACCGUGUGGGGCAGGCGAGCGGGCAAGGUCGUCGCUGCGCGCAUUCGCGGGCUCGCCAAGGCGACGCUUGCGACGCUUCAAGCUGGCGUCGCCUCGGGGUCCCUCGUCGUCGAGCAACUCUUCUCGCCACCUCUCGGCGACUACGCCUUCCUCAUCCACCUCAACUCGGCCCUCAUUCCCCGGCACUUCCAGUCGUUGACGCCCGAGCCGGCCGCCCUGUCGACUCGCCGCAACGGCCACUCGUCGAUCAUUUCUGGGUCGCUCAUGGGCGAGUCGAACGGCGACGACGACGGCGACAUCUGCAUCGGCUUCGACCCUGUGGCCGACUUUGUCAAGCAGCUCGAGCUCCUGUACCCGUCGACGUUUGUCCUCUUCCACUCGGAGCACGGCUCGCCCGUCAUCGGCGGCAUCUGGCACCCCUCGGUCGAGGCGUCCCGGGCGUUCAAGGUCGGGCUCGGCUUCCCUGCGCGCCCUGUCGUCGACGACGCCGAGGCCAAGGACGGCAAGGCCAAGGUCGUGCUCGACAAGCGCGCCGUCUUCCGCGACAUCGAGCGGGUCGGCAAGGGCUUUGUCGUCAAGGUCGAGGAGGUCAAGCGGUGAGAGGGCGAAUGAAAGGGGUCCUUGUCCUAGCAUCGCUGCAUUUGCAAACUGUUGUUCCUGCG